AUCGUUGAACAUGCGCGAUCAGCUGUUGGUUAGUCCGUCGCUUGUCAGCGGUGUCACGCGGGGUCGGGCACCCCGAUCACUGCUGUCCAGUUUCCUCCCCUGCCAAUCCGUCCACAAAGUAGUAGUACUGAGUAGGAGAAUGGCGGAGCGGCUUGCUACCGUGCCGGAGGAGACCACCGAUGGCUUCACGGCUGCCUCGCCGCCGCCGCGCAGCCCCUACCGCGACAGGAUCCGGAUGGUUGCUGUGUCCGGAGAACAGAUAAGAUCAACUCUCUUCUCCAACUCCCAGUCAAGCCAUAACGGAUCCAGCUACUCCAGCGACUCUGGUGCGUCGAAUUCUUACCCGUUCAACUACUCCGGCGGCUCCUCCGGUUCGGCGGCCUCCGCCGCCGCGCCAAACCUGGGUGCACACGAGCUCAAGAUGAUCGCUCACCAAAUGGUCAACGAUGGGUACACCGAGCGCAUGGUCCAAGCCUUCAACGCCGCCGCAUCUCCUCCAACGGCAGCAUGCGAAUACGGCGGUGGUCAGGAUCGUGCAGCCCUGGGCGAUUGGUUCUCGGAGCUCGACGUCGACUGGGUUCUCCAAAUCCGCGAGGGCCACGGUUUACAGCUCCAGGAUAGGUCGCUGCAAGACUUGGUCGAGAAGUGGAUCCGAGCUCUCACCGUGAUCGUCGUCAGUAUCAGGUCGCUGGCCGCUCCCCACAGGACGCUUGAGGUCGCACAUUUUGGCAAGACGAGCAUUGCCGAGAUGGUCGUCUUCACCGACGCCGUCGUCCCUGCUCUCAAGGCCGAGAAUCUACAGGCCGUGCUAGACAUGUACAUUUGUGUCUCCAACACAUCGUCAGACAUGUUCAUGAUAGGCAUCCCGUUCAUGCCGUUCGAGAUAGGCAGCCUGCUGGCGAGAGCAGGGACCAGGCUAAGCAACGCCAUAUCCAACACGAUGGAGAAGGUGAGGACACUGGUGGAGGAUGACGACUUGUGGGCUAUCGAGAUUCCUCGGGGAGGAGGCGAGGUUCACACGAACACCCGGUUCAUGGUUGAUUGCAUAGUGUCGAUGAGGAAAGCACAGGCUUCGACGGAGAACUCCGCACCGAGCUACCACACCGGGAACCUUCGUGAACUGAUAAAUGCUACGGUCAAAUAUCAAAUGGAUUUGCUCCUCAGAAAAUCAUUGCUGUGCUCGGAUCCAAGCCUGAGGUACUUGUUCCUGCUUAACAAUUUCAAUUUCAUAGCAUAUGUUCUUGAGCAAUGGCGUUCGCUUUUGUUGGAUCUUGAUCUGUGGUCCGUAAACCAAAGGCUUGAACGUGACUGUGAGAAGCACAUGGAUAGCUAUCUCAAUGUUUCUUGGGGACAUGUGAUUUCCUUCAUACCGAAAUCGGGUUUUUCUCGACCGCUGAUCCAUCGUUGGAGUAACACCUCUUUACUAGCUAAUUUCGAGUCGGCAUUUCACGAAACUUACCAGGCUCAGAAGUUCUGGAAGGUUCCAGAGCCGCGUCUCCGGAACUUGCUGCGGAAAAGUAUAGCUAAAAGAGUUAUCUCGGCGUACCGUGACUGCUUAGUUGAGAAUCCGGAGCUACAAAAGCACGUUGACGCCGGAACCAGUAGUAGUCCUGCCGUUUUGGAGGAGAUGUUGGGAGAACUAUUUGAAGGAUGAAAGCUGAUUGAUCUACAUGGCCGGGCACCCAACAUAUAAAGGCACCAGCGAAUUAAUGGUUGUAUUUGGAUUUUUAUUUUGUAGUACAUUUGUAUUUGUGAAGUUGGUUGGUAGUGUAUUAAGCGCCAGAUACUAUUAGCUGGUCAAGCAUGUAUUCUACUUUCGCACAGAUAGAUUAUACUGUACAGGCUGGGUUGAUUCUACACUCCAUGGUGUACACUGUAUUUUGAAUUUGUAACAGCAAGCAGUGAACUCUGCUACCUGCAAAGCAGAACAUAUGCUAUGCUGCCCUUCCACUCACCAGAAAUCGGUGCAAACAUUUAUAGAACGAUUUU